UCCUUUGCAGUGAAGAUCAGAGAUCCUGAGGUAAAGAGGCAUCCAUCAAAUCUCCCUCAAGAACUGUUUUUCAGGAGGAUCUGUCAGGAAGUUCUAAAUCAGGACACCUCAGGAGGAAAGGAUAGAAAGAAGUUGACUCUUCCUUAUGGUGGAUCUGAAUCAGUGAUUGAACCUCCAACUCAGGAGGGCCUUGUCUCCUUCGAGGAGGUGGCUGUGUGUUUCUCCGAGGAGGAAUGGUGUGAGCUUGAUCCUGACCAAAAAGCACUGUAUUGGGAAGUCAUGAUGGAAAAUUAUAAGAACGUGAUCGCUCUUGGUAAGGGUUUGCUAUUCUCCAAUCAGAGUGUCAGGAAGAUGUUUU